UUCUAUGGUGCCUGCGAUGACGUAAUGAACAUGCUCCCAGGAUCCGCUUGACAGUCAGCAGCUAAACAACAUACUUGGAAGUUGAAAAACUUUCCUGAACUAACUCAUUUAAAAGACUAUAGAAAAGUGAUAUUCUCCCAUUUUAAAGCGUAUAUAGCUAGGGGUUCAAAUGUGGAAUUAUUGAUGGAUUCGAGGUAUGAAAUCAAGCGGAUGGCCGGUGGCGGGGGAUCAGCGAAUGCUUCCCCCGCUUUGGGGGGACAGUCUCGCCGCAGGAAGAUGCCGCCGAGGCCCGCUGAUUACAAACUUCAAAUGAUCAUUAUCGGCUCCCGUGGCGUGGGAAAAACCAGUCUAAUGGAAAGAUUUACAGACGACACUUUCUGUGAAGCAUGCAAAUCAACUGUUGGAGUAGAUUUUAAGAUCAAGACGGUGGAGCUCAGAGGGAAGAAGAUCAGGUUGCAAAUCUGGGAUACAGCUGGUCAGGAGAGGUUCAACAGUAUAACCUCCGCCUACUACCGUGGGGCCAAAGGGAUAGUACUGGUCUAUGACAUCACCAAGCAGGAAACCUUCGACGACCUUCCCAAGUGGAUGAAGAUGAUCGACAAGUAUGCUUCAGAGGAGGCAGAGCUGCUGCUAGUGGGGAACAAGCUGGACUGUGAGACAGACCGCAUCGUCACUAAACAGACUGCCGAGAGGUUUGUCUCCAGGAUAUCUGGGUUGCGAUUCUGCGAGGCUAGUGCCAAGGAUAACUUUAACGUGGAGGAGUGCUUUCUAAAACUAGUGGACGACAUUCUAGCAAAGCAUUGACUCAGACAAGGAAGGAUGUCGUUGAACCCUAUUUUCUAUUCUUUGUGAUCAGGUGUGUACCUAUUAACUACUUCUUCUUCCUGUCUUCUUCCUGUCUUCUUCCUGUCUUCUUCCUUUCUCACCAAAUGCCUGUGGAGUAUUUCCUAGAAUGUUUUCCUAUAUUUCCCAAUAUUGUCUUGUGUGUUACUGUAGCCCGUAAUAACAUGUAGCCGUAGCCUGUAAUAACAUGUAGCCGUAGCCUGUAAUAACAUGUAGCCGUAGCCUGUAAUAACAUGUAGCCGUAGCCUGUAAUAACAUGUAGCCGUAGCCUGUAAUAACAUGUAGCCGUAGCCUGUAAUAACAUGUAGCCGUAGCCUGUAAUAACAUGUAGCCGUAGCCUGUAAUAACAUGUAGCCGUAGCCUGUAAUAACAUGUAGCCGUAGCCUGUAAUAACAUGUAGCCGUAGCCUGUAAUAACAUGUAGCCGUAGCCUGUAAUAACAUGUAGCCGUAGCCUGUAAUAACAUGUAGCCGUAGCCUGUAAUAACAUGUAGCCGUAGCCUGUAAUAACAUGUAGCCGUAGCCUGUAAUAACAUGUAGCCGUAGCCUGUAAUAACAUGUAGCCGUAGCCUGUAAUAACAUGUAGCCGUAGCCUGUAAUAACAUGUAGCUGUAAUAAC